AUGAUAAUAAUCUCAAUUUCCUGUCUGACUGUUUCCUGUUCCAGUUGGACAUUUUCUCAUAGAAUUACGAACUCAGCAUCUUCUAAAAUUUUUCUGUGAUUUACAAUCCGGAGGUAAUUUCUUAUUUUCUGGUCUUUUUUCUCUUCCAUCCCUGUAAAUUUUUUUUAAAAAUCUCGUAAAGUUCUUCAUUUUCUUUGUACCUUUAUUUUGCCCUAUUCUUUAUGCUUGUCUGGGUGUCAUCGAUCUUAUCAAAUCCAUUAGUAACCUUUUCGAUUUGAGUUCAAAAGAUGGAAUGUGUUCUUUGUGAAGAUGAGUGUUAAGGUGAUUAUGUAGAGGUUCGUUUCUGUGGAACUUGUCUGCCCUUUGAUUUGUUGAUUUUAUAGCCUGUGGAACUUUUGUAUAAAGGUGUUGUGUUUCCCGUCUUGAUUUUGGUGGUUGUAAAUUAAAAUUAUUGAGGGUAGGAUAAGCUUAGGAAAUGGGGGAAGAUUUCUUGAGUGGCUUAAGCAUUGAGAAUUAUCCCCCUUCAACAUUCUUGUCUAUGGAUUCAAUAGCUACCUGUCACGAGGAAUCGGAACGUGACAUGAAUAGGCAGGUUAUUCUUUCCGGGCCACCGGAUAUUAAUCUCCCCUUGUCUGUGGAGCCAAGCCCUCCCCCGCAGUCGUGGAACCACGACACAUUUGAUAUGCUUGAGGUUGGGCUAGGGCACCAGGUUAAUGAAUCAGAUAAGCUGAUUGAUUUGCCUAAGAUUGGGAGAAAGUGUGCCAAGAGAUUGGAUAGUGUGUGGGGUGCUUGGUUCUUCUUUAGGUUCUAUUUCAAGCCUGUUUUGAAGGAGAAGUCCAAGUGCAAUGUUGUUUGGGACAGCAAUGGUGUUGUUUCGGGUUUCGAUAAAUCUGAUCUUCAACUGGAUGUGUUCCUGGUGCAACAUGAUAUGGAGAAUAUGUAUAUGUGGGUUUUUAAGGAGAGGCCGGAAAAUGCAUUAGGUAAGAUGCAGUUGAGAAGCUACAUGAAUGGCCACUCGCGCCAGGGCCAGCGCCCCUUUCCGUUUACUGCUGAUAAGGGUUUUGUGCGGUCUCACAAAAUGCAGCGCAAGUACUACAGGGGACUCUCGAAUCCCCAGUGUUUGCAUGGUAUAGAACUGGUUCCAUCGCCCAUUCUCAUGGGCCUCGAUGAGGAGGAACAGAAGAAGUGGGUGGAACUAACCGGGAGAGAUCUUAACUUUUCUAUCCCGCCUGAGGCAAAAGAGUUUAGUUCUUGGAGGACCCUUCCAAACACGGAUUUUGAGCUUGAAAGACCGUUUUCGCAGCUGAAGAACAAUGUACAAACACACCCUCCUGCGAAGAAGCUGCUUAACGGCUCGGGUCUGAAUUUAUCAACUCAGCCAUCAAACCAUGUAAAUGGGAACGGGAUUGAUCUCUCGUCUGCUUGCAACAAGAAAAGGAAAGACAUGUUCGCACAUGGGAAUGAUGAAGAUUGCUGCUUGCCUAAUGAUCUCAACGGAGAUCGACAUCAAGAUGCAGAGUUUCAUCCGGCAGAGCCUCCUUGGUUGAAUGAGUUUAGCGGGGUGGUGAGAGAUGUAUAUGGCCCUGUUACAGCAGCCAAGACCAUUUACGAGGAUGAGGAAGGAUAUCUGAUUCUGGUAACCCUCCCUUUCGCUGAUCCUGAGAGGGUGAAAGUGCACUGGUGGAACAAUCUGACACACGGUGUGGUGAAGAUCUCGUCGGUGAGCACAGCGUGCAUGCCAUUUAUUCAGAGGAACGAGCGGACUUUCAAACUCACUGAUCCGGCUCCAGAGCACUGUCCAGCGGGAGAGUUCAGACGAGAAAUCCCUCUGCCCACACGGAUCCCUGAUGAUGCUAAGCUUGAAGCCUACUUUGACAAGAGUGGAACAGUUCUUGAGAUCAAAGUGCCUAAACAUCGCGUGGGACCAGAGGAGCACGAGGUUCUCGUCUGCCUUCGCCCGCCUAAUGAAUUUGUGUUAUCUUGAAGGUUGUGUAUGACGGAUGGAAUUUGAAUCUUGUGUGUUGAAGUUGGAAAUAACUGAUGAUUUUGAUUGUGGAAACUAUGACUUAUCAACUACAUUAGUAGACAUCUUUUUCUUUGAAUACUGCUUACGUUUGAUCAUUUUUUGAUGUAUUUUUUUUCUUUUGUGAUGUAUUAGCAGAUACUAGAUUUUUUGCGUGUUGAACUAAUGGCAUUUGUUUUUAAAAGCUUUAAGAAAUUCAAUUUUGUGAGUUA